UGCUAUGAUUGCGUUAACUUGUGUUCGCUCAGCUAUAGCACGCACCUCCUAUCGACUAGACUGUCGCAAGCAAAUAUCGUUCUUGAAGUGCCGGUACAUAGGGUCGGAAAUCUUGUGGAUUACGUGAUGUCUAACGUUCAAGUGCUACUCCCGUCUGGCAAUCUGAAGCCACUGGGUGCCUCUCCUGUGUGCGAGAUGGAGGCCAGAGCCUCAUCCUCCUCUCUAAGUGACCACGCUAGGACCUCAAAAUUUAAACAAAAUUUUGGUUUUGACAGUGAAAGCGAUUCGACGCAUCAACCGUGUAAAAAGUUCAAAAAAGCCCCACGCCGUCGCCGAAAAAAGAAGAAAGCUCAUAGUGGAGUUGUUCGCGUGUGCAAGCCUUACGCGCCCUUCAACUCAAACCAGUUCCUGAUGGAGGAGUACGACCCUCUGCACUUCAGCGACUCGCGUAUCUUUCCCCAUACGAGUUCUCGCGCACUAGACCCUGAGGGCGCCAGGGCUCUGCCCAGUCGUGCUUCUGCAGCAUCUGGACCUCCUGAGCCGACCCAGCUGCCUACCAGUUCUGAAGACCCCCCUGCAUGCUCUGCGGAAGCGUCCGCGGUGCCUGAGAAUUUGGGGUGUGAGGAUCUGUGCCCGGUGUUGCUUAUAGACGAGAGCAGCGCCUCUGUACCAGCGACCGUUAUGAGUGAGAGAGGUGACGCCGUGCAAUGGACCGAAUUUUGCAUGGAACAAUUCAUGGGAGACUACCGUGACCUUUCCGAAGUACGGCUUGAUAACAUGACGAAAACUGAACUAGUCGAGGAGUAUCUCUCCCUCGAAGAACAGCUCUCUCAACUACAGAGAAAACUAAAGGAAAUCUCGGAAGUUGAUCGAGAUCGGAAAAUGAUUAUUGAGCGAGAAUGUGAUGUGUUGGAUCUGCAGCCAGGCGAACUUCUUGUGAAUCACGAAGCGGCAGAAAAAAUCUCAGUAUUCAAGUCUGAAAUUCAUGCUCUACAGCUGGAGAAUGAAAUGUUGUUGCAGCGCAACGCAGAGCUGCGAGCCCUUCGCCGCCAGCCAUCGUCAGGAUCCAGUUCUUGUUCGUCUUCGUCAUCAUCGUCAUCUUCGUCCGGCUGGUCUUCCAGUGACGACAGCUCAUCGAGCGACUCGGAAUGUGAAGACAAGAGAGAAGAUGGAGAUGCCGUCGACGAAGGCGUUUGUCCUGCUGACGAUGUCCCGUCUCGGGUCGAGGGUACUGACGAUGCUAGUGCCGUGUUGACGGCAGGGAAGGACGAAGAAGACGUGAGUGAGAGCGCUGUCGAGCAGCCUCAGCAGCUGGAUGAGGAAGCCACGGAAGAUUUCGACCCGUCUGAGAAAAGGCUCCAUAUUGAUGCAGGUGAUUUUAUGGAUAGCGGUGUGGACAAUAAUGAGGUGCAUAGCGAAGACGAGAUAAAAGACUGCGAAACAAUAAGAGACUAGAUUCCUAAUUGACUUUAUCAACGAAAGUUAAUGAUCUCAAAAGUGUUGAUACCUAGCGAUUCUUUUAUUUGCGACUAUAGCGGUAUUUUAUGCAUCUCCGCUCAUGAUGUCAUUACUUGAAAUGAGGAA